GUUGCUUGGACAACAGGGAUCAGCUAGAAGUUUUCCCAGAGCGAGAAACAGUUUGACACUGAGCUCAGUUAUUCUGGAGAUGUUCUCACAACGAGGUGACUCUUAUCACAGGCUGAGAAACUGUGGAAGUCAUGCCUUUUCUGGAAUUCAUAGCCGGGAGCAUUUCAGGUGCAGUGGGACUGGCUGUUGGACACCCGAUAGACACCGUGAAGGUGCGCCUGCAGGCCCAGUCGGUGUAUAAAGGGAUAUUUCACUGUAUAGCUCAAACAUACUCUCAUGAAGGGCUCCAUGGAUUCUUCAAGGGCAUGGCGUUUCCGGUGCUGACCGCAGGUAUCAUCAACUCUGUUGUCUUUGGCUCUUACAGCAACGCCUUAGAUUACCUCACGCAGUCUCAGCGCAGUGACCGCAGUCAAAGCACGCCGGCCUCUGCUGCACAGGUCUUCACUGCCGGCUGCUUCUCAGGCCUGAUGCAGGUGUUUGUUUGUGCACCCAUUGACCUGGUGAAGGUGCGUCUGCAGGGUCAGACAACUGCUAACCGAUACCGUGGACCCAUUCAUUGUGUCGCUGUCAUCCUGAAGGAGGAAGGACCCAGGGGCCUGUUCAGAGGAGGGCUAGCCCUCGCCCUGAGGGACGUACCCUGCUAUGGGGUCUACUUUCUGCCAUACGAGAUCACUCGAAAGGCUCUGACUGAGACCGGCAAACAGCCAGGUACGUUUGAAAUAUUGAUGGCAGGGGGCGUGGCUGGCGUGGUGACCUGGGCCUUUGCCACGCCCAUGGACGUGGUGAAAGCCCGACUCCAGAUGUCGGGGGCCGGCGGCCGGGAGUACAGCGGGGUCCUCCACUGCAUGAGAGUGAGCGUCAGAGAGGAGGGAGUGAGGGUCUUUUUCAAAGGCCUCCUACUGAACAGCCUCAGGGCGUUCCCUGUCAACGCCGUCACCUUCCUCAGCUACGAGAGUCUGAUGAGGAUUUUCUAUCCACCGGCGAGAUGACCUCACGCCUGACAGAGAGCUGAUACACUCCAUGCUGUGCAUACUGAAAGAUCUCCCUGUGUGUGUUUUUUAAGAUGAGCCUGAAAUAGUUUUGAAUUUUUUAAAGUCUGUGUGGAAUAGGUCAACUCUCAUCCAGCCAGCAUCAGAAACCUGGACACACUUCAACUGAACAUAAACAUUUGAUGGAAGCGUUCGAAUUCAGCUCCAGCCGAGUCUCCUGGGACUUGAACCGCUUUGAUGGAAAACAUCAGGUUAAAGAUGCUGAUGUUUACUGGAAAUCAAAGCCAUUACACUUGACAAAUACGAAUGGAAACAUAACUUUAUUGCAUACAUUCAUAUUGUUUACGCUGUGGGUUUUUUUUAUUUCAAAGCAGUGUAUCAGUUGGGCACACAAAGUGAUUUCCUAAUAAACACUACAUAUAAGAAUAUAAAAGUGUAGAUUUCAUUCUGUUAUUAGAAUGAUGAGUCAUUCUAAUAAAAGACCCCCUAGAUAUUGUACCUGAAGACAACAUAUAAACAAACUGAGUGUAUACAAAAUGGGUGGAAUAUUACUGUGUGUGCACUUUGGAAUUCAAAAAUGGGUAAAAAUCUCCACAUCUUUAGAAUGAACUCAUUGUGAAUUAUCAGUCUGUGUCAUUUCAAUCUGCUGCUGCUUCUGUCUUCUCUGUAACUCUGGUACCUUUUGUACGUCUGUUCAUCCUAGAAAUGAGAUCCUGUGUCUGUUGCUUUGAGAUCGAAGCUGUGAGCAGUUUUAAUCUGCUUUUCACUGACAGCAUCCACGUUUCAUCCAUGUAGUGUUUCACACA